AUCUGAACGAGCCUGUGAAAAUUCAACAUGGCGACUUACAGUAAGAAAAGGCGUGUUGAAGGAAAUCUGGAUGAAAAAGAAGAGAUUCCUGAUAAAAAAGAGGACAGCGACUCAAGUUUAGAUGAUGACGAAGAAGGAUAUGAAGAUGAUUCACCUCAUGAGGAAAUAAAUGAGGAGGUUCAGGUUGAGUUUGAAGCUCUGCCACCACAGGAUGAUGACUUCCACGGGAUUAAAAUAUUACUACAACAGCUUUUUUUGAAGAGCAAAGUCAAUAUUUCAGAGCUGUCCAACCUGGUCUUGUCGCAGAAUCACGUGGGAAGUGUCUUAAAGCAAAGUGAAGCUCAGCUGGCAGAAGAAAGCGAUUCCAGUGACGAUGAUGACAAUGAGGACCAUGUAUAUGGUAUCAUUACGGUUAUCAACAUCUCUGACAAGAGGAAUGAAAGCUGCAUAAAAGACGUACAGAGCCUUCUAGAGGAGAAGUGUUCCAAGUGCGCACCGGCUGCAGACCAGGAGCAAUUUGUGCGGACCCUCAACGAUCCUACGCACAGUGUGGGACUGAUGCUCAACGAGAGAUUUGUCAACAUUCCGCCCCAGUUGGCGCCUCCCUUGCACAAAAGCCUGCAGAAAGACCUGCAGCUGGCAUCCAGGAAGAAUCCCAAGUUCAAAUUUGACUACUUCCUUCUCAUCUGCAAGAGCUACAGGGAAGACGGCAACAGUCAGCCGGCCAAGAGCAAAAAGAAGAAGAAAACGGGGGGCAACACCGUGCCCGAGAAUGAGCUGCUGUUUUCUAAUGCUGAAGAUGAAUAUUUCCACAAGGCUGCCCUGCUGUCCUUUGAGUACCCAGUCUCGGCGGAGAGCGACUCGGCCCUUGGAGGGACCUGGUCCUUUGACGACAUCGAGUACAAAACCUACAGGACUGUCAUGAUUGUUCCUGCAUCCAACAUGCCGGACAUCCUCUCCCAGAUUGAGGAAAAUCUAUCAGUAUGAGGCCCUUUCCACUUGCAAAAAACCCUAUCAUGCUUGAAAUUCAUAUAUGAAUGCCAGAAUUAUGAAAAAUACGCAAGGAAUCUCCCCGCUUUCUUCAAAUUCCACAAUGUGUAGGAAACCAAUGACAUUAUUGUUUGUAAUUGUACAAUAGUAGCUGGGCUUAAUCCUGCAAAAUCCAUCGAGUUUUGCUGCAUUAUUGAUGAUUAAGGGAUGUGUUUAAAACUGGCAAAGAAUAUAUUUAUUCCCAUUCAUCAGUACUUUUCGGUCAAACAGUCAAAAAUUUACAAUUUUUUCAACGAUUUUGUUCAACAGUUUUGCCUCCUGUUUUGUGAAUACCUCUCUGGCCAUGUCUAUGGUUUGUGCCUCGCACGCUUAGUGCUAUAAAUCUCCUUUUAUGAAGAUCGGGACACAUACUGCACGACGUGGUGCAGGAAUUAAGUGUUAUCAGCUCUGUGACAGGCUCUUGACCAAUAGGAAUGUUUAGGUUUUUAGGAAUAUUGAUUAAAACCUGAAUUGAUGAUGAAACAUCUAAA